GUACCAAAACACAUUGCCGAUAAGUCUCAACUUAUUUUAAUUAGUUUCCGUUAAAAAACAAGAUUGCAGCAUAGGUGAUGGUGAUGAAAACGUUUUAAGUGGAGAUUGAAAUUUAACUCGGGCGAAAAGACAGAGUUAUUCCUUUGUGUGCUAUUUCCUUUUUUAACAUUGUGUUUGAUUGAAUUUAUUGGCAUCGUUAUAUUACCGUUUUUUAUCUCUUUUCGAUAUUUAAAUUUAUGAGAAUAUAGAAAUAACAUCUUAUAUUUCGGUUUACAAUUUCAAGCGGUUGUACAAACGAAAUGGUCAGAUGUCUUUUAUCUUUUAAUGUAGAAACUGGUUACUACGCUCUGGAAUCUCAUAAACGGAACGAGUUGAAUAAAUAAUAAAAGACCCGAGUUCUCGAAUGGAGAUUCAGAGCGUGAUAUAGUCAUUAUUUUUGUUGCAAUUAUGAGGAUAAAUAUUUUUCAUACAAACAGCAUUCGUACAUCUGCCGCCAUCUGGACAGACGCCGUACAGUCUUGCAGAUGGCGCAACAUGAACAGUUUCAGUUUCGAAACAUUAGAAUUUGUGGCAGAAUAUUCGAUUCAAAGUUUUUUGUGAGAAAAAGAAAAAGUGUGAAUGAUUAUGAAACGUUAACGAAAUUGUUUGAAUUAUAAGAAAUCGACGACUUGAUAAUAUACACGGGAGACAGUUUUAUAAUAUUACUUUAAAAUUACAACAUUUUCGCAACUCAAGAUUCAACAACUCUACAUAAAUAUACAAGUGCAUAUAUACAAUAUUGGAAGAGAUUCAAAGAAUAUAAUUAAAAGAAGACGAGACUAAAACGAAUGUCGACCACGUGAAAAUCGUGUCUCGUUGUUUAUCGAAAUUCGAAAUGGGUCGAAAAAUCCCAGGAAAAAAGCACAGAGGUGUGAAAGAUCCUUUUAAACAACAGGCAAAACGUCAGGCAGAGUUAGAAACAAAAAUAAAUGCACCGCCAAAAGAUGUGAACGAACAAGCUAUACCGAAAAGUUUAGAAAAAAUAAUAGAGUUAAAAGAGGCAGUGAAAUUGGGAAAAAUAGGUAAAAUAAAAAAAAGGAAGAAGAAGAAAAAUAAUCUUAUAUCCGUUGGUAAACAAGAAUCUAAGCCUUUACAUCCAAAGGCUAGACCAGAGAAAGUUGUUCCUAUAUUUCAACAAAGGCCUGGGGAAACUGAACAACGAUUUUUACAUAGAGUUAAUCGAGAUACGCAAGUUUUCAUUAAUGAAUUUGCUUUUGAGAAAAAAUAUGAUGUUCAAGUUAAUCGAAAUCCAGAAACAGGAAACAUCGAAGGAGUUUCAAAAUGUGAACAAACUGAAUUAGACAAAAUUGAAAUGUUGAAGUCGAGUCAUAAAAAUAUUAAAAAAAAAAAAAAAAACAGUGAUAUCAAUAAGAUCAAAAUGACUAAAACUGAAAAGAAGAAGGAGAAAUUGAAAUUGAAGAAAGAGAAACAAAUGGAAGAAAAAUUAGACGAAUUUGAUAAUUAUAAAGAUCAAGUUGAAUUUGGAGAAGUGGUUCAUGAACCACCUCAAUUAAAAAUCAAACCAAAAAAUGCUAAUACUAUAAAUACCUCUAAACCUGGUAGAAAGAAUCUUCUUCUUUAUUCAAUGCUCAAAAAGAAUGAAAAUUCAAAGUUGGAGAAUCCUAAGAAGAGAAUGACUAUAGAUAGAUCAGGAAAACGUAAAAAAUUACCACUUGGAGAAAGGAGACAGUUAGAAAAACAACAGAAUGAUGUUAUAGCAGCAUACAGAAUAUUGAAAGCACAAAAAUCUGCUGGUAUUAACUAGGAGAUGUUCGAGUCGUAUGCAUGCUGAGUACGUUUGAAACAAGAUUCAUCAUCGAAAUAGGAAGAAUUCGUGGGGGUAAUUUUUCGUGUCAGAAAAUUCGGUGAAGAUCGGACAGAAGCAUCGCAUAGAGGAAUACGGUUGGACGAAGAUCCAAGGCCUAUCCAUCUUCGUCGUUCGAACGAUCUACGUGACUGGCCACGUGACUGGUGCGCGAACAGAUGGAAACGAAGGGGGAGAGAAAGAGUAAUUGCAAAGUGGCGAUGAUCCCCUGCUACUAACAGAGUGUGGAGAAUUAACCGAGUUGUUGAAGUGAGAGCCGCAUUAACGUGUUAUUAACGUCAUGUAACCGACAUCGCGAAAGUAAUCAUGGAGAAGGUAUGCAGGCCUGCUUGGAGUAAUCCUCGACCCAUCAAGGAGCGCGGCGCGGCGGAAUCGAAGGGCUGACGAAGGGGCGUCCAGACUCUCGGCAUCCGCAAGACGCAAGAUCGGAGAGGAUCUUGAUCGAGGAUAAGAAGCCAACGGCGAGCUUGUCACAUUUGGUGGACAUCGAUCGAAUCUGUUCCCGUUUCCCGCGCGAAAUUCCAAGCUUGCCCUCGCGUCUCGCGUUCGAGGGGGAACUCUGGACGAGAGGAGAUGUCACGGAAGCGGUUCCACGGAGG